CUCAUCGCUAACUAAACUGCAUUCGUGUCACAAACUAAAACGCAAAAACUGGCACUCACUUAUUUUCCUUAUUAGAGAUUGUAAUUUUUUAAAAACAUGGCUGACGAACAACCAAAUCUAGUUGCUGGACACCCACCUGCAUUGAAGGCUGGUGGAAUGCGUAUUGUGCAGCAUAAGGCACCAGCUUCUGAGCGACCUGCUAAGGAUGCUGAGGACUGCACGGGUCUAACGCAACCGGUUAAUGUGAAUUCGGCUUCCGUGAGCGGUGCACCUGUCAAGGGUAACACAGAUUUUACGCCUGCUGGAGCACAGGUGGCUCACUCGCACAAGCCGCCAGUGGCGGUGCAGCAGAAGCCCCAGAUACACAUACAACAACCACGCAAAUGAAUAAAUCAGCUGAACUGAAUCGUUGUACUGAU